UGACCUCACCUCCCAGCAUCAUUGACGAGCGCCGACCAACCUGGGAGCCUCACGCAUCCGUCUUCCUCAACUCCUGCUCAUAGCCAACUCCCCGGCGAACACCGAGGUCAAGACUCCUGUGAUAUCUGUGCCUAAUUCAGACACGUUGCUUCUGGCGCUCGGCCCGCUGCCGGGGUCGAAGACCUAAAUAGCUCAAAAAAAUGAAUCAUCUCUCUUUUCUCGCCGCCCUGGGGGGCUUUUCGGUAAUGACGGCAGCCUUCGGGACCAUCAACGCGCCCGCCGUCCUCGGGCAGCACAAUGAGCACGAGAUGAUCACACGCUUGGCGUUUCAGUGCCCCGGCGAUCAGAAAUCUGACGGCAUCUGCUUCGAGCCCCGCUCGCUCGACCAGCUUGCCGGCUACCACGUCAACGUUAUGGGCAUUGCCCUCACCGGCUCGGGCACCAACGGCGCCGUCGGCGCCCCAGACACCUUCGACCCCUUUCCGGAGGGACCCGAGGCCCAUUGUGACGAUGCCGACUACCUGGACAUACCAGGAUACCCCCAGAGCCGGGCCGAGGCCAGCGCCAAGUUGCAGGCCUGUGUUGACCACCUCCGCCAUCGCUUCCGCCAGGCCGUGGGCGCGGCGGAUCGCUUGUUGGACGACCGGCACAGGAUCCGCCGAGAAAUGGUGCAGUUGUCCCUGCCCUACGGCGAUUGCACCUUCGCGUUCCCGGAGUGGCAGCACGACGAUUAUGGACGAGCCAAGUGCAGCACCCUCGAGGGCUUUGGGCGGGCGCUGCACGGCAUCCAAGACUUCUACGCUCACAGCAACUGGGCCGACAGCGCCGAUCCGACACAGCCCAUCAGCAUCUCGAAUCCGCCGGGGCUGGGCAUGACGGGCACAGCCCCUUUCCUGGACCUCCGAGCCGACGGCGCCAUACCAGAAGACCAGAUUCCUCUGAAUCUUACAACCGGAUGUUUCAACUUGCCCGACAUCACGUUCGGCUCGGGAGCGUGCAAGGGACGCGUCACCCACCACGCGCUCAGCAAGGAUCGAGGCAUCAUCAACCUCGACGGCACGUUUGGCGCGACCGAGGCGGAUCCCCGGUCCGAAGCGGUGUCGAGCAACUUCCAGCGCGCCGUACAGGCCGCUGUUCAACACUCGCGCGAACUGUGGGCCGACCUACGAGACGAGAUACGACGCCAAUACGGCAACGUCACCGGCGAUCUCAUGAUUUGCUCCCUGAUCCGCGACGACCCGGUCAAGGACUGCCGCAACCGCACCAUGGUGGUGGCCGUGGACAACUCGUUGACGAGCGAAUCCAACGGCGGUAUCCUGCUGGAAGAGUCUGUUGCACAAGAGAUCACCUCGAGGCUGAACACAGAGGGCCUGGACAGCGUCGCCGUCGUCGACAGCCAAGAGCCAGCUGUUCUCCGCUACCCCAUGGGCCCGCCAGCCUAUGUGAGUUUCAGCUUUCCACGGCCAUCCGGCGACCUGUGUGUCGCCAGCGGGCUCGAAUUGGGAAUCGCCGAGACCAUCGGCGCCCAGCCGGAAACGUACGCCGACAGAGGAGCCAUCAUCCUCCUGGCCACCACUGCGGAAAGCCCGGAGUGUAGCGACUGCACAAUGACGCAACUCCGCCGUGCCGCAGAAGAAGGCAUACGCGUCCACUAUGCAUGUAUCGACAUGCACGGGAGCGCGGCUGCCGGUGGUGCUAUUAAUAAUACUCCAAAGCACGCGGGGUGGGUGCGAUGUUCGCCCGGCGAUUCUUUGGUGGGCCCUGUGCUCAAGACGGGCGGAAUCGCCGUCUUCAUCGGUCCUGCUGCUCGAGUGCCUGCCCACUUUGCCAAUCUGGUCAUGGACCGCGGCCUCACAGCGACGGACGAGGACGAGAAUACCCCGGAGAGCACGCGCGUCUACCCCGGCAUAACCCUAGCCGACUUUCUAAAUCCCGACCAGCCGGCCAAGUCUUUUACGUACCCCGUCUCGACCGGCGAGAGCCUCAACCUCACCGUGAGCAGCGUCUCCCGGGACGGCCGAGGGGCGGAAGCCUGUUUCGGCGUGACCCUGUGGUACAAAUACCCGGACACCGAGAUCUCGACGCACACGAGAUGCGGCGACUCCUCCCCCCUGUUGCUGCGCUACCAUGCGAACGAGUCGUUCGACUUGGUCCUCGAGGCCGAGUACGGAGACACGGCGCCCAGGAACGAGCUGCUCCACCGGGAGGAGAUCUUGUUCCUCCUCUCGGUCGACACCACCAUGCCCGACAAGAACGAGACCACCGUCGGACGGACCACGAGCAUCUUGAGCACUCCCGGUCGCAACGGCUCCUCUCCUACGAGCGAGACGGUCGAAGUCCUGUCGGGCACCGCCACCGUCGACGACUCCACCUCAACGUGGACCGAGUCAUCCCGCAAGACGGCGACGGACGACGCGUCGCUUUCGUGUCGUCGCCCGCCGUCUGGGCGCUAUUAUUAUUCUCCCAUGUGCAGCGUCCCCACGAUCCCCUUCAUGUCGAUGGAGGGCAACUUGUCUGCGGGGGUUGAAGGGAGUGCGCGGCAGGAUGAUAUUGGAAAUGAUUGUAUUAGAGACAUAGAGUAUGUAUGAUGACGUUAGACUGCUGUCUAGAGUAAUUCCAAAGAUAAUUACCACUCGAGCCAUAGUUUUUUUGCAUUCUUGAUUAAUUGAUUUUGGAACUUUGCUCUCAUUGACGUUGCUUUGACUAAUAGCUCCAAACUUUGCGUUCAG